AUGUCGUCGGCUCAGGGGUUAUCGAGGCAGCAAAAGGGGAACUCAGUUGUUGCGGCAUCAGCUCCGGCAAGGGGUCCAGACGGAGGUUGUAUCGGGGAUCUCGAGUCGACUCAUCACGAGGCGAUGAUGGAUACAGUUGAUUUGUCUCGCUCCCAGAGGCUUUUGGUCGCAGAUGCUACACGGCUUGCGAGGGAAGGGAGCGAAAACGUCGUCGUGGGGAUGCGACGGAUGGAAGACGAUUCUUCGGAAGACGACGACUCCGAAGCCGAGUUGUUUCCGACGACCUUCUAUCCCGAAGGGAUUUUCGAGGAGCUUCCGCGACUACAUCCUGAUUUAUUGCGCCCUGCUUUCGUGGCUGGUCAAGAUUGGGACGGUGUGGAGGAGACUAAGUCGACCCUGAGGAGCGUGAAGAGGGUUCUUCGGGCCAAGAACGCUACAGGCGUGACCUUCCUCAUUCCUACGAAGGAGCAAAGGCCUUGGUCUCCUCCGAUCGGGUACCAAACAGUAUACAAGUCUUAUUUCCAGGAUGACACUCGCUGUUGGUUCCCCAUCCCGCGACUGAUCACCGCGUACGCUAGGCGGCGAGAUAUCGCGAUUAGUCAGUUACUGAACGGCUCGCUGCGACUAGCCGUCACUCUAUCAGUUCUAGCGGAGGAGAUUGACAUGCCGAUGAGCGUCAGGUCGUUCGAGGAGAUGACCUCGAUAACCGAUAUGAAGGACGGAACCUACUCGGUGAAGAUGCGACCAAACUGCAAUGUGUGCGCCGGUCAUCCAAACAAAACGCAGAAUUGGCAGCGUUCCUACUUCUUCAUCAAGUCCGACGACUCGGCUUUCGAGGAGCCUCCUCGAGAGGACUAUCGGGUCCUGUGGAACCGUUCUUGUGUUGGCCAUCCCACGUCUCCAGUCUAUCCUGAGGAUUUCCUGAAGAGCGUUCGAGCCGUCGCUUUGCUUCGGAUCUACCGUUGGUCCGAGAUUACCGUCGAGAAGAUUCGCGAGCUUAAGGACCGGAUCGCUCGAAGAGAGUGGAGAUCUGACCUUCCGACCGUUCUUCCUAUUCGCACCAAGCGACUAGACAUCUUCCCAAAGGACAUCCAGAAGCGAGUCUCUGAAGCAAAGAGGAUGGGAACUCUUCCCGAUUUGAGCGCGAUGUUAGCCGCCCAGCUGGGACUGGCCAGCGAGGAAGGACCUUCGACGACGGUUCCUCGCAUUGGUGAGAGGGGCGGCUCGGGAGUCGAGAGGAGCGCCGAGGAGGCGAGCGACGUUCCUCCUUCUGGCGAACCCCAAAAGAAGAAGAAGAAGAAGAAGAAGAGGACAGAGAAGCCUGCUGACGAGCAGUCGGAGAAUCCCAAAGAACCGACUGAGAAUGAGGAGGGUGAUGUUCAAGAAGAAGAACUUCAACCCGAAGAGGAGGCUUCUGAGGCUGAAAUCUCGGGAGAACGGGACGAUGCGGUGGAAGUUGGUGAAAGGGAGGAAUCUGAAAUUCCUCUUAACGCCGCCCGUCCGGACGGUUCUGAAGAAGACAGCGGAGAGUCGCCGCUUUUGAUCAGGAGACGUAACGACGAGGUUGGCGAUGAGGCGCGAUCUCCUAUUCUGGCGUCUUCUCGCGAGGGAACUCCGGUUCCCAUUGGGGAAGGGGUCGCUCAGGUCGGCACUUCUUCUCGCGGCUCCGCUAUCUUGAGGAGGGUGCCCGGAGUCAACUUUCCAGACAAGGACCUCAUCUUUGGGGGUGAAUACGAGGAAGCCGCGAGGGCCAAGCUGCUGGGGGAUAGUGCGACGAACGUCGUGAUCGAUAAGUACGACACUGCCCUGAAGGGAGCUUUAGGCGAACUCGAGCUGGCUAAGGAGUACGCGGAGAAAGAGGAAGCUUCUGCUCGCCAGCUGAAUGCGUCGAGGGCUGACGUCGAGAGGCUUAACGGGAUGGUUGCUCGCAUCAUUGCUCGAAGAGACGAGCUCAAAGCCGAGUUGGAGGUAUCCCGAGGAGUCGUUCGUGAGCUCGAGCGGAAGAACGCCGAACUUGAGAGCGAGAAGGAAGAGUUGAGCGAGAUGGCCGCGAAAGCUAAUCGUCGCUUCGCUAGGAUUCGCUCCCGAGAAGAGCGACGAGGUCCCUAUGAGGAGGCCCGGUUGCUUCAUAGCCAAGCCUUCGGAACCAGGAAAUGCCUUGAGGCUUUGAAGAGGGCUGGGAGCGACAUCUCGCAAGCUACUAUCGAGAUUUUCGCCGAGCAAGAGAAGAAGUACGAGGAGGAAGCCGAGAAGCUUAGGGUGGGCGAGAUACCCGAGGAAGAUCUCACGCUUUCUCCUCUCGUAUUGGACUCUCAGUUUGUGGAUGCUCGAAUCUUGGCGAGUCUCGAUCCGUAUGGGUCCAACGCCGGCUUGAUCGAUCCGGAGAUUGCAGCGAGUCUUCACGUUCCGCUUACUCAUCCGACUGAAGAGCGGCGCGAAGACCCGACGCUUCUUCUUGAAGGUCCUUUGGCCGAUCCAGAGAUCGUCCCGAGAUCAGGUGAAGUUCAUGCUUCUCCGGCUGCUCGUGAGUCAAGCGUCAGGGCUUCGGAGCUCUCCGCCCUCAACGAUCGCGAGAGCGAUCAGGAAGCUUAG